UCUGAACUGUUGAGGUCAACAAUUAUAGUAAUAGUAGUAAGCAAAAUAUAAUAAAUUUCCCUUGAGCAAAAGUUGAAUUAUCUGAAUUGAUAAUGCUGUCUAGUCAUUUAUCGAUCCAUCCACACUUUAAGGAUUCGUUCGAGGGCUAACACUAUUUACCUAGAGACUCGUCGCGGUUCUCGGCAUGUGUAUACCUUGAAAUCGCUCUGUACGUCCGUGCUAUGUCCGUCCGUUCGUCUGUCCGUCCAUCCGUGCCUACUCUCCUGCCUGUCUCUGUCGGUGCUCGGGUCCAGUACACCGGUGGGAUAGGACGGAGUGCCGCGGUGGAAGGAGUAGUAAGCGGCCUACGCAGUUUCAAGCUUGGGUCCCAGCUUUUAUUAGUUCUUCGGCGCUCGGCGGAGAACGAACGGAGAACGAGCGGCGUGUGCGUGGCGGCGGUCUGCGCGUCUGUACCCCUGGUCCAGACCCCUGAUCAUCCGGGUCGUCCCUGCAGCUGAGUCGCGCGAGGUCGGUGAUCGGGUCUACGGGUGUGCUCGUGAGAGCAGAAAAGGGGAAAAGGGAAGAUAAGAGCGGGGAUAAGAACGCUGUAGAGUGGGGUGGUAAAAGUUUAAAUACAAUACACGAGACGCGGGUUGGGGCGAACGAAACGGGGGAAAGGUGUUCCUGGUCGGUCGUGUGGCAUGAUCGGGAGAAAAGGUGGAAAGGCAAGAUGCUCACGAUACAACGCUCGGAAUUGCUAGGAGGCGGAGAAGGCUGCAACCCUCCCGGCUCACAUUUGCUACCCCCCAUUGCGCCCGGGGCUUCCGACUCCGAGUGGAAGCCCGCCGAGAGGAGCGUCUCCUUCAAUCGAGACGUCCACGUGAAGAGGAUUGGACGUGGUGCACCGCGCGUAACCGCGGCUCUCGUAAGCGAUGGAGAAGGUAGGUUGAUCGCCACCCCGGUCCGCAGGGAGAACAUCGCCGCGAGGAGCAAGGAGGAUCUCGCACAGGAGGCGGCCCUGGUCCUGCAGCAAGCGGGCAGUCUUCACUGCGUGGCGCGCGACAACCGACGCAGUCUGCCCGGUCGCUUCAGCACCCUGCCAGCACGUCGUAACAAGAAUCGGCCCGAAUUGCCAAUCGAUGUGAGACCUCGCCGUGGUAGCGAAGACAUCAGCGCUACGACCGCGGAUCUCGGCACACCGCGGGCCAAGAAAAAACCAUUGGAGAGAAGCGCGAGCGAUGCCAGCGCGAAGAAGCUGAAGAGCUCGCUCGCGCGAUUCUUCUCGCCGAAUUUGGAGAAACGACGAAAGCCGAUCGGCCGAAGCGCGAGCGACGCGGGUACCUGGACGCGCAACGGUGCGCAGCGCAAACGAAGCGGCAGCGAGAGCGAAGGCUCGCACUUGAGCACCAUCAGCCAGCGAGCGAAGAAGCAACUGUCGCCGAUAAUCGAGUCAUCGCCGCAAGUAGAUCAGCAGCCGUUCCACUUCGGUACCGUAAACGCGGAUCGCGAGAACAACAAUCGACCGGAGCCGAAGAAGCCGAAAAAACAAGAGGAGCGAGCAAGCCCAGAUAUCGAUGUCGAUGAGGUGAUAUCGCGAGACGUCGAGGCGAAAGAAACGAUCGAGGGAACGACGCUCGAAGUGCGCACCGACGAACCUGCCGGUAGAUCGCCCAGUCGAGAGGCCAAAGUGAUCGAGCAUCAUAUAUUUGUCGAAGGUAGAGACGACGAAGAGAAGAAGGAAAUCGAACAAAAGAUCGUGAGAACCAGCCGUACCCCUUCGCCUGCGAAAGAAUCGAAACGCGGGGGAGACGAAGUCGACGAAGCAAGCACGUAUAGUAUGCUACAUAGUAGCCGCUACGAUUUUCAGAAACGCAACGAAGAGUCUACUAUCCACAAGAUGAUCCAUCGAUUGUCCAAUGACCGUUCGCCGCCGCCACAGCUGCCCAGAACAAUGGUAUCGCCGUCACCGGGAUUCGGUCAUAAUAACAAUCGGCCGUUCUCUUACACUAGACCAAACGAAUCCUGCAGCCCGCCACCAUCAGCGCAGACCAAUGUGAUUUAUGCGCAGGUGCAGCCGGACAAGAAGAAGGCCCAGAGGAGUCACUCCGACAGCGAUGAGGGCCUCGGCCUCGAGAGAAAAGAUUCCUCUCGCGAGAACAGUCCCGCGGAGAAAGAGUAUCGCAGAGUCGAUUAUUCAUACAGUAAUGAUCUACGUCGCAACAAUGAGAUCAAUACCUUCAAGUCGAGAUACGAGGAAGAUCGUAAGAGCGGUAGUCCCUUCGGCAAACAUUUGGGCAGUUCAAAGGACUUCAUCUCUAGGGCCACCGAAAUCACGAGACGCCACGAAUUCGACGACAGGCGUCUCUAUGACAAGCCAGAAAAAUAUACUUCAACUGUGUUCGUGGACACUUCCGGUCGAGGUAGAGCCGAUGGCAUGGAUGCUAGACGAAGAGACAGUGGCGAGCUGUCCUCGAGACAGAAUGAAAGCGGAAUCUCUCACAAAACAUCCGAAUUAAGCGCUCGGCGGGAUCUGCUGGAGUCCAGAAUAAAAUCCAGGCUGUUGGCCGAUGAGAUGUUCGCAGCUAAGAACAGUGCGAACGUACCGGUGAAAAAAUCAAGCGAACAUGAGAUAAUCGACAAGCCGAUUGUGCCGUCGCCAGUCACGCCGAAUCGGAUCGCGUCACCGAAACGAUACAUGGAUACUUACAUCACGGAGACGCGUACCAACAGCAACGGUGAAAAAUACAUCUUCGAGAAAGAAAUACAUGAGGAUAAUGGCAAAGUAUACGGUUACGAGAAGAAGAUUACCAACAAGAUCCCGACGAAUGGCUACCUCGAUACGAAACCCAGAGAUGGUUAUACCGUAGAGACCAGGACAGAUAAAUAUGGCGACAAGUAUAUCGUAGAGACGCGAACUCACGAGGGCUAUACCGGCGAUUUCAAGCCGUUCCUCAGCGAUCGAAGUCGGAGCAGUCCGGAAGAGAGAUUUCAAACUAUCAGGGAUGGCGGCACCCCUUACAAAUCCCAGCAUUAUCUGCCCGAAGGGACCUCUACGACGGUAAAUCACUUUCGCAGCGCGUCACGAGAAAACGAUGAACUAUCGUCGCCGAUUAUCGCUAAAAAAUUGAACGAACGAAAAUUCUCGAAGAGUGACGACUUCCUGGAUCGCGACAGCCGGCCGAUCAAUCGAGACGCGUAUCUACCAAAACCGAAGAAGCCCUUCGAGUCGAUCCGCGGUAUGAGCAAGUCGACGCAACGGUUGGACGAGGUUGGAGAAAACGCCAGGGUGCGGGCUCUCAGGAGUGAGUAUACCACGAGAUCGCACGAGAAUCUGAGCAGUCACGCGGAUUAUGUCAACGCGCGGGACAUGAGACGUCCGACCGCGUUGCUGGACAGUCCGACAAUGAACGGACGUAGAGAGAGGUCGCCGUUCGCGAAGCGUCAUCUGGACAGCCUGCGCGAGGGUCCGAACGACGAUUACGAUACCGAUAUUUCGCAGAUGACCAGUAGCCAGUUGGAGUCUAAAUAUUACAAGGAGACACGCACCACGCAGAGAUACGCGAGCGGCAACAAGCAUCCGAUCCACGACGAUUACGACAGCUCGCCGCCGCGGAUACGCACCGAUCGCGGCGGUUAUAAUUCCAGCCGGUACGACUCGGACACUACCGCCAGGGACUCGCUACGCUGCGAGACCCGCUACGACGAGACGCGCACCACCUUGAGGAAGGAACACCGUAAAAUGGAUGACGAUCCGAAGAAGCCAUUGAGACGAUCGCGCAAUCGACUGGACUACUUCGACGAUUCCGACAGCCCGCGAGGAAAAAUAUCUUCGGUUAGUCGGUUAGAAACGUUUACCAGCCGACAAGAGACUCCGACCAGACCACCUAGGACGUAUCACGAGGGCAAAUCCAGGCACACAAGGCAGGAGGUGCGAGGGCAUACCGAACGUCGUCAUCGCGAGACUAGGCUGAGCGAUCCGGAUCGAAAGGAUCGGCUGGCGGAUUCCGGUAUCGAGAACGAUUACAGAAGGGACUCGCAGGAAGCGGAUAGACGUGAGCAACUCGAGUCCGAGGACGAGGGGUUCGUUAGCCGGCAGUUUAUCAAGCACGAGCGACGGCACACCGAUCGCAACAUGAAUCUGACGCCGACGUCCGAGCAGCGCAAAUAUGACAAAUACGCGAGCGACUCGUCAUCGAAACCGCCGUUGGUUACCGCGAAACCGCCUUCCGGUGCCGCCGAUAAAAAGUAUGAGAAGAAAGCGGCGAAAAAGAGCGGCACCAUGAGCAAGGUCAAACAGCUGUUCAGCAAGAAGGAGAAGAAGGCGAAGGAGGAGAAGAGCAAGAAGAGCGUGAGGAGCGGCAGCAGCGGCGCCUUGACCGACGACGAGGUGACCAUGAGGUAUCGAGAGUAUCGUGGAUAUCAGCUGAGGAGCGCCAAGAGCGCGCGGGAUUUGGGCAGCGAUAUUAAUCAGGAGGACUACAGUCAACGCAGACGCUUAUCGACACCCAGCGGCAGCCCGAGCCCUUCCAGACCAACCAGACUCUCGAGAUCCACCGGCACUCUUACCAGAGAGGAAGAGUCCUUCUGCGAGUCCACCAACACCCUGACCAGGGACAACCAGGGCCAAGAGGCAGAGAGAAAGGGCUGGUUCAAGUCCCUCUCAAGGAAGAAUAAAUCCAAUGCUACACCGGUGGAUAAAAAGCCGAGAAUACCCGAGAGCGAGAUCUUGACGACCGGCACCGAGGAUGAGGAAGCUUCCUCUGCGCCUGAACGAGUUUCCGUGCAAAAGAAUCUCCGCUUCUUCGGCGAUACGGAUCAGGAGUCCGUCUCGUCCAACAGAGACCGCAGAAGUAAACGAGUUGACGACCACGCCUGUUCGAGGCGUGAUGUCACAAAUUCGAACCGCCAUAACUUGGGUAUCAUAUCAGCCCCAAGAAAACCUUCGAGACUCGCUGAAAGCGCGUUGUCUUCGGGCGAGAGUACAACAGGCGACAGCAGUCAGCAAAGUCAAAACUCUCAGAGAUCACAGAGAUCUGUCGUAUAUCUUCAUGCUGCUACAGUCGGCGAAAUACCAGGCCCGAACGAGCGACGCCGGGCGGCGAGUCGCGAGGAGUUAAAUCGACCGUUGCAAUCGCACACGAGAACGGUGUCGAGAAGCGUGAGCGUCCUUGCUCCGUGGAAGCCGCGACAUUAUAGGGAACCGUUCGAGAUCAACUACGAUCAGCAACAGCAUGCGAAACCAAUCGCGACCAUGAGACGCAGGCAACGAAGUCGCGAAACCCUGAGCCGCCGAGGAAAAGAAGCUCGGCGAAGCAAGGACAAUCUUUCUAAGACAAGUACGAUCAAUCGCAGCACGCUAAAAUCGAAGGACAAGCAGAAAGUGGACAGAACUGUUUCCACGGAAUCGCUGGCCACCAAAUCACGGGUCAUAGGCUCCAAACCAGAAUUGAGCAGAUCUACAUCCGUGCCCCGUGAUCCGAACAAGAGCGCGGGAUGGUUCAAACUAAAGAGCAAAAAGUCCCGCGCCUGAAUUGGACGGCCAUUGAUAAAUGCUAGUCUCGAGUUUCAUAAGUGUAAUUCGUAAUUUCGUAGACGAUUAAUUGGCGUCGAUAUCCGACGCGCGCUAAUUAAUAACGACGCGACUUAUUGAUAAUAUACACUGUUCCCAUACAUCUUUUAACAUGCACGUCGUGCGAGUGCCGAUUGCGAUCGCGCGAGUUUUUAAUUUUCUUUCUUUAACCGAAUAGCAUAUAAUUGCGGUAACGACGUGUAAAUCAAUUGCUGUCAACACGUUGAUCGAUUUCGCGAAUUUAUGGGAUUUCGCCUAAAAGACACAAAGUUUUAAUUCCCGUAUAAAUAAAUAUCUACAUCUAUACGUAACACAGAAUAAAACAGAAUAAAACAUCCAAAUACACGUAGGCACACGCAAAGAAGCUUCGAACCGCAGUUGCUCGUUAAAUUAAUAUUGUUAUAUUCUUCGCGUAUUAAAUAAUGCUCUUUGUAAUCAGAAAGAUUGCAAAAAAAAAAGAUAUGGUUAAAUGUAAACUCUUGAACUAUAAGUUUAAAUGUGAGUUGUGUAUUUUAAAAUGAGAAUUUUCUCAAUAUAUUGGACAUAUUGCAUUAUUUUAAUAGCCUUCUCUCUGCCAAAUUUAACGGAUUAAAUUUGUUGCGAAUGAUGAGAAUGCGUUUACAACAUAUUCGCAUAUAUCGUAUAAUUAACAAUUUCAUUGUGUUAACUUUUGUUUCUCCUUCGGGACUUGACAAAAAGUGCAUUUGUCAUUUGACUUUUCAUAGUUUCAUGUAACUAAAUUCAUAUGCGUUACGUGUCUCACAAAAAAUUAACGCGUCACUUUAUUCUACCGUGAAUCAAAGUGCCAUCGUCAUUUUUCUACAUUCCCACAGUAUACCUUUCGUUAACGAAUCAAAAUUCUCGAAUACAUAUUUUUUAACGAACGAAUAUUUUACGAACGAAUAUUUUAAAUGUUAAUGUAAUAAAGAUGAAGAAAAAAUAUUUUCUAAAUUUUAUCUCGACAAUCGAGAGACUUGUAAAACUGACAGUUAUGUAUAGCAAUAUUAUUGGACAUUUCUCUGUGCAUAGAUCAAUUUCAUCUGUGCAUGCUUAUUGUAUGUAAAUACUUGUGUUAAUAAUCAUAAUUUUUAAUCGAUUUUAAUAGGGCCUAUGUGUUUUUAUAUAAAUACACAAUUCUUGUCUCUGUACAUUCGUGGAUCACAGAUUACACAUACACUGUUGCGAAAUUUUCACGUUUGACAGGCCGUGAGACGCUUUCACGUUUAAUAACAGUGUAGAGGAAUAAAAACACGCGAUGCUAGACAUUAUCCAUUGUACUGUGAUACGCUUUUUGCGUGGACAAAGAAACAAAUUACUUACGACGACAUAAAUAGUCAUCUUGCACUACAAUUACUACUUCAUUCCUACCCGGUGCUAGCUACGAGUGUGUGUGUACAUAUGGAUCAUUAAAUGCUAUGCAUGUAAAUAUCAUGAAUAUAUUGACGAUAUUGUACGGAAUUACGAAUAAAACCUAUUACCUUAUUAA